GGAUGGAGGAGCCCACGCCCAAGCCCGCCUACGUGGACGUGGACAAAGGGCUGACCUUGGCCUGCUUCGUCUUCCUCUGCCUCUUCCUCGUGCUGAUGAUCAUUCGCUGCGCCAGGGUCAUCAUGGACCCUUACAGCGCCAUCCCCACGUCCACCUGGGAGGAGCAGCACCUGGACGACUGAGCUGGUGGGGCUCUGGGGGGACAGGGGGGCCUCAAAGCUGCUCUGCGUCCCCGGCCACCUACCCUCCACCCGGGGUGGACAUGCCCCCCAUAGCCUUUCCUG